UGACAACUGGCUGACACACACACACAACAAAUAAAUAAAAAAGUCGUAAAUGCACUUCUUGGUAAAACCAACUUUUCUUGGCAACGAAAAUCGGUACAAAACCACGCCUACGAAACGCUAACAUAUGGAAUUAUUGAAUAAACAGCAAUUCGUCCAAAGGCAAAGGCAGUAAACAUUGAAAAAAGUGCGGUAAGCGAUCAGCUGGCACGCAGGCUGUUUGUGGUAUAUUGAAGUCCAAUUGCCUGCGUGGAGCACCAAAAAUAGUGAUAAACAAAAGCCAACAAAUAUAGAAAGUUAACUGGUUACAUUCCGUUAAUACGUAUCAUCAAAAAUAGCGAUGAGUAAUAACGGCGGUGGUCGCGCUAAUGGCGUUGGACGUCGCCAAGUUGAUUGGAAUCGCUUCGGACUGGAUGAUGAUGGACCAGGCGAUGUUGUAGUCGCUAACUUUCGACAACGGGGAAAUUCUGGUGGUUUUGUGGAUUUGGGUAAUGAGUACACUUAUGCAGCGGGUGGACAUCAAGCGUCUGGACGUAAUGAGAUAUUCGCUGACGAACAGGGCGAUAAGCCAUGGUGGCGUUCGAAUUUCUUUAUCUCACAACCAGUGCUUUUCGGUACUUGGGAUGGCGUAUUUACCUCCUGCCUUAUUAAUGUAUUCGGUGUGAUUGUCUUUUUGCGUUCUGGUUGGAUUGUAGCGCAAGCGGGCAUAAUCAAUGCAGUGCUAAUUAUUUUCUGCACUGUAGUGAUUGCUUUAGUCUCAGUGCUUUCGGCCGUGGGCAUUUGUGAGCGGUGUCGUGUGGAGAGUGGCGGUGUUUAUUUCCUCAUAGCUCAUACAUUGGGCUCACGCUUUGGCGGUUCAUUGGGCUUGCUGUACUGUUUCGGACAGGCGGUUGGUUGCGCUUUAAAUGUCAUGGGUUUUGGCGAGAGUAUGGCCGGCCUUGUCGGACUGGAGGACAACAAGUGGGCGAUACGUGGAUUUGCUACAGCAGCGGUGCUGCUGCUUGGCUGCAUAAAUGUGGCUGGUGUUAAAUGGGUCAUUAAGCUACAGUUCAUAUUGCUGAUGAUACUCUUGGUAUCAGCUUUGGACUUUAUGGUGGGCAGCUUCAUAGGCGGUGAUUCAGAUAACGGGUUUGAUGGUUGGGACAGCAGCAAUUUCUGGGACAAUUUAAUGCCAAAGUAUGAGGAUGGGUAUUCCUGGUUUAGGGUGUUCGGCGUAUUCUUUCCAACUGUCACCGGCGUGCUGUCUGGCAUCAAUAUGAGCGGUGACUUGCGCGCGCCUUCCACCGAUAUACCUAAUGGCACAUUGGCGGCAUUCGGCACGUCCACUUUCCUUUACAUGGUAUUCGUGCUAUUUUUGGGGGCGACCUGUACGCGCCCUACGCUGCUUACCGAUUUCAUGAUAGCUGUGAAGGUCUCGGCAGUGCCGUUUCUACUACUCGCUGGAAUUUAUGUGUCCAGCAUGUCUUCGUGCUUGGGCGCUAUGUACGGCACACCGCGCGUAUUGCAAAGUAUAGCCAAUGAAAGCGUUAUACCCGGCAUAGAUGUGCUAGGCAAGGGUCGCGGCCCCAAUAAAGUGCCACUAUACGCUAUGGGUGUUGUAGCUGUUGUUACCGUCACAUUCAUCAUAGUGGGUGAUAUAAACUUCCUGGCGCCCAUUGUGACCAUGCCUUUCCUGCUAACAUAUGCCUGCAUUGAUUACUCCUACUUUGCUUUGGCACAAACUUUCGACAUACAAGAGCAACGCGAAGAACGCUUCCGCAUACAAGCGUCCAGCCCAUCGUAUGAGACGCGACGUUACGGUGCGACACAAUCGCCUGGACAGGAUAGCAACGAUUUGGAUUUACUAUUUCCAGAUCGUAUACGUCAUAAAAACUUACAACAAACACCACAAAAUUCACCACAUCAUGUGCCUUCAAACACCACGUCAUCUACUGCUGCUGCUCCUGCUGCUGCAGCGGCGGCGGCGAGCAAUCAUGAGACUGAAAGCAAUCAUAUCCAACAGCAACAGUAUGGCAACGAUCCAAAUGUUGUUGGUUUCCGUGACGGUUAUAAUAGCACAAACGCGCCGGAUAGCGGAUCUGCAGAGCAGACUGCUGAGGAUGAGGAGCCUAUAGCGCCCAUACGUUUGCCCAUUCACUCCAAGACGAAGAAUUGGUAUUCACCAUUCUGCAAUCGUUGGGCGUCGCUGAUGGGCACAUUUCUGAAGCUGCUCGUAAUGAUGCUCGUUAACUGGUAUUAUGCGCUCACUUGCUUUGUGGUUGUGUUCAUUGUUUGGUUCUAUGUGGGAACAGCUAAUCCAGCUGUAAAGCCAGGCUUGACAGCGGAAUUCAACUUCUUUGUGUGGCUUAAGAGCGUCAUAUUCAGAUGCUUUGGCAAGCGCAUGCACCAGUACGAACAGGUUGUAGUGACACCCACCUGUCCAGGAGUCGAUUUCUCGCCCACACAAUUGAAUGAAGAAAAUGCCGAUUUCUCGCAACGCAGUCGUUAUCAUCACUCUGCGGUGGUGGAGGGUCAUCUUAUUGAUGACGUUUGAAGUGAAUAUUAAAAGCAAUGGAGCGUACAAUAAUAUUUAUUAUAAAAACACUAAGAAAAACAAUAACACGCACUUAUAUACCCUCCAAAAUGACAACAACAAUUGGACUUAGAAACCGAAAAUGUAUUUUUGAAGCAAUAUUUUCCAUACCACAAAAAUCAAAAAAGGAAAAAUGAAUAAUAAUAAUAAAAUAAUAAAAAGAAAUUAAAGCGACAGUAGCAACAUUCCUGCUGAACCAACUUUAAAAUCUCACUAUGCCUGCUCUCCUCCACGGCUAUAAUCAAACGGAUUCAGUAUGCAAACCAGAAAACUAAAUCAACGCGCACUAACCCCACCAUACCUGGAGGCUGAAGCCGGCUUAUCGCAUUUAAAAGCUAUGCACAAAUUUGCUAAACAAGCUCCACUGACACACUUGCACUGUAAUAAUAAUUAGAAAUAGAGACAAAUUUGAUUGAUUUGUAAUCAAGCCCUUUUUGUUUUAAAAUGCCAUCCUUUUGAGUGGACUGUGUUAUUGCUAGUGUAGCGCUUUUAUUUUGUUUACUUAAAUUUCCAAUUAAUUUAAUUUUUAAAAUUCUUGGAAUUUUUUGUUUUUUGGAAUUCUUAGAAAAAAUUAAAUUUCUAUAUUUUUUCCUUCCAAGUUAAGUGCAAAUAGCACAGCAGCUUUUUAUCUUAUUGUACAUUAAAUGGAAAUUAUUUAAAUUUUAUAAAUAGCGUCUGUAAAAAUUGUAUUAAUAAGUUAUGUAUGUGUGAUUAGAAGUAUGACGGUGGAAAUUCAUAUGUAUGUUUCCUUGCGUUGCAUUUAGAAGCCUAAGCGAAACUUAAUGCGUUCGAAGGGAAGCAUAUGUGAUAUUGAGAUAAUAAGUAAAGCAACAAAAAGUUAAACAAAUGCAAAGUUAAAAUAGAAAACUAAAAAUUCAAAGAAAAAAAAAAACAAUGUUGCGCAAUGAAUGUUAAAGGAAAAAGUUAAAAAGCUCAGUGUAAAUCAAAAGCAGGAAUUAAACUAAAAAAGUAAAGAAUACGUAAAACAAAAAAAAAAAAAAAUACUACCAUGAUUUAGAAAAGUGUUCUCUGUAUUUUCCUAUUUAUUUAUUUUAAGUACAUUUUGCACUUAUUUUCAAACACUUGACUUAUAAAUACAAUAUUUCAUCGAUAUGUUAAAAAAAAACGUAGUUACUCAUGUACCAUUUUGCAUUUUGGAUAUGUAUGCGUAGUACAUAUAAGACAUUGCAAAAAAAAAAAAACAACAACAAAAACACAAAAAUACUUUCCAAAUGCCUUAAUAACUAUAUUUAGAUAUUAUGUAACUUCUUUUAUGUUCCAAAAAGAGAAAAAAAAAACUAAAACUUUGCUAGCUUAAACUUCUGCUGAAAGUAUAACUCCACAAAAAAAAAAAAUCUAA